AUGUUGUUGGAGACUGGUCAGGUGGAAGUAGAUACAAAAGACAUCAGUGGUUGGACGCCCCUACAUUGGGCCUCAUUGGUCGGAAAUACGGCGGUGGUGAAUGCUCUAUUAGAGACUGGUCAGGUGGACAUCAAUGCGCAAGACCAUGGGGGUAAGACGCCGUUGCAUUGUGCCGCUGAGCGUGGGCAUCAUGAAGUUAUUGCGUUAUUCUUGGAGACCGAACAGCUGGAUGUGGACGCCGGGAGCGACAAGGGUUGGAGUCCAAUACGCACUGCUCUUCAAAAGGGUAAUUCCAAGGUGGUCAGAUUGUUACUGGAGACUGGGGAUAUAGAUUUGGGAAGAGACCAAUCGCGUCGGAUAAAGAAGAUGUUGAAGAAGCUCAAUUUGAGCUCCCGAAGUGAAGCAGAGAGUUAUCCCUGCGAGUGA